CCUUCGAGCCUUUUCGCCCCUCUGCGAGCCGCCCAGAAGACUUCAGAUGAUCCUGCUUCAAAAAAGCCCCCAGGAACUAUCUGGAUGUCUAGAAAGGCGAUCUGCGACAUGGUCACUGCCUCCGUAACCAAGAAAAAAUCAAUCAGACGCUCACACCAAGAAGAACUGAUGGCUAUGGGAUCCAAGGGACCAAAACAGGGCCCUAUGCCGUUGAAGAUGCUGAAACAGAGAAGAGCCAGAUCAGCUAUGAAGGAGGCUGAGCAGAGACGACUAGACGCCGAAGCUGGAAAUUUGGUCAAAAAGAAGAAGCCUAAAAAGCAUCAAUUGACAAAAGCAGAAUACCUCCGAAUCCUUAAGGGAGACAGAACUGGGAUCAGAAACACUGUCGGAGCUGGAUCACGUUCACUCGAUGCAGGAAUAGGUCGAAUGAAGAACGGCGUUUUGUUUCUUUCUCAAGGUGAUGUCGAAAAAAUUUAUGCCUAAAUUUCGCAUAGAUUUUCAGGCGCCAUAAUACACCAUUCAAAACGCGUUAUUUGGAAAGUCCAGAAAUUAACAAAGGAUCCAUUUGCUCUCGCUCUUGACACGGACAAGUUUUUGUGCGAUCAAAAAUGGCGAUGAAUGUUGAUACGCGCACUGGCAACACUUUUAUCAGAGCAGGCGUCGGCGAAGGUAACAAUAGGAGUUUUAAGUCUCUUGCUUUUUGAAAAUCUCUAUGAAAAACUUUUUUUCGAUCUUUUUUUUCACAUGGAAAUUCGGUUUUGCUGUGUCUGAUCUCAUUUUUACCGAACCUUUUCAGCAUGCUUCGUUUCUCCAAGUUCGGCUGUCGACGGCUGUCAGCAGUUACCAUGAAUACUGUUGGUCAAAGGUUCAGACCUAUCUAUCGCAAACCGACUUUGUCAUUUUAUGGCAGGAUUGCAUGCUCCGAACAAAUUAUAUCAUUACUAGGAACACGACAGUCCCAACUAUAUUACGUCGUCGUUGAAAAACUAAAUAAAGGAGCUGACAUUCCAGAAAAACUUGACAUCUCGGCCAAUUCUAUUUCAUCACCGCAGAAAAACGUUGAUCAACAUCGAUGUAUAGAAUAUUCAAAGACUACACCUUGGAAACUCGUCGAGUCAGAAAUAAGAGACAUGAACCAAAACAUUCAGCUCAAGCUUGCAUCUGUAAAUCCGAUCUUUGAAAUAGCGGCUUACCGCUACUUUAAUUUUGAAGGCAAGAAAAUCAGACCUGUCAUCAUCGCACUUAUGAGUAGAGCAUUGGAACAUCACAAGAUGGAUGAAGGCCAGGCCGGAAGCAAAACAAAUGGACUAAUGUCUAAGCGACAAAAGGAAUUGGCUGAAAUUGUGGAGAUGAUACAUACUGCAAGUCUGAUCCACGAUGACGUGGUUGAUGAGGCGACCACAAGAAGAAAUGUUCAGUCUAUCAAUUCUGUAUUUGGAAAUAAAGUGUCAAUUUUGUGUGGAGAUUUUAUAUUUGCCAAAGUUUCGAUAGCACUGGCUGGAUUACAAGACUUUGAUGUGCUUCGACACAUGUCCAGUGUAAUUGCAGAACUGGUGGAAGGAGAAAUCAUGCAAUUGAAAGCUCAGAAAAAACAUAUCUUGGAUUUUGAAUAUUAUAUGCAAAAAACAUACAAAAAAACAGCUUCACUGCUUGAGAAUGGAUGUCUGAGUGUGGCUAUACUAGGGGAACAUGACAGUGACCUGGCAACACGCGCCGGUCAAUAUGGAAAGCAUAUUGGAUUGGCAUUUCAAUUGAUCGACGAUGUAUUGGAUUACGUUGGAGACGAAAAUUUAUUAGGAAAGCCAGUACUCAAGGAUCUUAGGAUGGGAUUCGUGACGGCACCUGCUUUAUUUGCUGCCGAGGAGAGACCUGAACUCAGAGAUGUGUUGGUGGAACGGACUUUGUGCUCUCAAGAUUUAAAGAAAAUACACGAUAUAGUGACAAAAAGUCAAGGUAUUCAAAAAACUAAGGAGCUAGCACGACAGCAUUGCAAAAAGGCGGUAGCUGCAAUUUCCGAUUUAGCAGAAUCGCCAUUCAAAGAGGGCCUUAUUGAUUUAGCCCAAACUAUUUUGGAAAGAGAGCGAUAGAAAAAAAAUCUAAACUAACUUAGCUGUUAUAACCGUUAGAUUUGAUUAAAUAUAGUGGAAUAUUUUAUUGAUGAUUGUCUUUAUGGUAGGCAUUGGUUCAGUUAUAUUGAAGGUUUUUAUUGAUUCCCGGGGAUCACUGAUUUGCCUGUGCACUACCCGACAACUCUAUAUUUGCAGAAAAAAAAUACACAUAUAUAAUGUAUAUAGCAUUUAACCGUUUUUUCUUGGUUGAACUUUUUUCACUUAUUCUCAUCUGUCUGUUGGCGCAGUCAUUUGAUUUUGUAAUUUAUCAAACCGGUCUUUACUAGAUAUAUAGAAAUGCUUUCGGCUGCAUCUCUCAAGCGCGUAAUCGUUGAACUACGUGAUCUAUCUAAGAAUAAGUUACAGGACAUUCAUGUCCAGGUCAACGAGGGCGAUAUUUCUGAUAUCAUCACAUACAUUCAUGGUCCUGAAGGGACCCCUUUCGAAGGUGGUGUCUGGAAAAUCAAGCUUUACUUAGGAAGUGAUUUCCCUUCCGCUCCACCAAAAGGCGUGUUCGUAACAAAAAUUUUUCACCCAAAUGUUUCGUCAUCGGGUGAAAUAUGUGUUGAUACACUCAAAAAAGACUGGAAUCAGACUAUGGGAAUCCGACAUGUCCUGCUCACUGUCAAGUGUUUGUUAAUUCACCCAAAUCCGGAAUCUGCUCUGAACGAAGAAGCAGGCCGAUUGUUGUUAGAAAAGUAUGAAGAUUACUGUAGACACGCUCGUCUCAUGACGUCUAUACACGCCAAAAAGAUCAAAUGGGAACAAUUGACGUCUACGGCUGAGAAGGAGGAUAAGUUGAAAGAAGUGACGACGAAAGAAAACGACACUUCGGCAAACAACAUUUCUUUUGAACCGAAUUCAACCCAGAAGAAUUCUCUCUUGCCCAGGCGUCCAAAGAACAGUAGU